UUCAAAAUCUCAUCUUCAUUUGAAAAACAAACACAGCAGCACUGUUUCCUUCACCGAGCCACCAAUCCCAAUUUCACACCCCCUUCACUUCUAAUUCCACCUCCGCAAACCCUAACUUCUCCCCAUUGUCCUCCUGACUCCGUCAACCGCAUUUGGGUUUUUUGGCUUCUGUUUGUUUUGCCUGUCAUCUUUGUAACGGGUUGUGCACUGUGAGAUGGCUUCUCGGAAUCAGAACCGGCCUCCUCAAAACCACUCCAAUGUUGGAUCUGAAGACAUUGAGAGACAAAGAGUGUCUGGUAGAGCUAAAGCUAGAGCGCCGUUAACUGCAAUGGUGAACAACGCUACUGCGGGUAACAUAGAGGGAAUCGAUUCAAGCAUGAUUGAAUUCACAAAAGAUGAUAUAGAGGCAUUGCUUAAUGAGAAGAUGAAAAAGGGAACUCCUUUUGAUAAUAAGAAAAAAAUGGAGCAGAUGGUGGAUCUUAUUAAGCGGCUUAAGCUUUGUGUUCAAUGGUGCGCCAACAAGAUUGAAACGCUUCACUCUGAAGUCGAGUCUGCUGUUGAGAAGUGUUCUGCUACUGAGAUUGAGAUGAAAAAUAAGACCGAGGAGCUUCAAUCAGAUCUCAAUUCAGCUAACGAGGCUUAUAGAAGACUUGAAACAGAGAAAUCAAUCAUUGUUGAGAGCCUUAAUGAUACAAGAGAUUUUAAUAAGGAAUUGCAGGAUAGAUUGAAAUCUCUUAAAGAUUCACAGAAUGAAGCUAUAAAGCAUAAAGAAAUGUUCCGCGAAGAACUAAAAAAAAUUACAGAUGAUCGCGAUCGCCUACAAGGAAAACUAAAUGAAGUAAUGUUAGAACGGGAAAAAUACAUAAAAUUUAAAUAUGAAACAUACUCAAAAUUGGAUAAAUUGGCAAGUAAAACAGAGGCACUUGAGGAGACUUGUUCCUCUCAAAAGGAGAAAAUAAAUAUACUGGAGCAAAAGUUACAUGCUGAAAGGGAGAAGUUAGAGAUGGCUGAUUUAUCUGCUAUGGAAACAAGAGCAACGUUUGAAGAGCAGAAAAAAUUCAUUCGUAAACUACAAGAUCAAUUGGCAGAUAAAGAAUUUCAAGUAGUUGAAGGAGAAAAGCUAAGGAAAAAACUGCACAACACUGUCUUGGAGCUGAAAGGAAAUAUUCGUGUGUUUUGUCGUGUGCGACCUUUACUACAAGACCGUUCAGAAACGAAGAUGGUUGUUACUUACCCUACGUCAAUAGAAAUGCUUGGCCGGGGCAUUGAGUUGGAACAAAAUGCAGGACAGAAACAGCUUUUUACAUUUGACAAGGUGUUUAAUGAUGACGCCUCUCAGCAUGACGUUUUUACCGAAAUAUCACAACUGGUGCAGAGUGCCCUUGAUGGCUACAAGGUAUGCAUUUUUGCUUAUGGACAAACGGGUUCAGGAAAAACCCAUACAAUGAUGGGUAGGCCUGACUCUCCAGAUCUCAAAGGGAUGAUACCACUUUCUUUAGAACAGAUAUUCCAGACCAGUCAAUCUCUUAAACACCAGGGCUGGAAUUACAAAAUGCAGGCAUCAGUAUUGGAAAUAUAUAAUGAGACCAUCAAAGAUUUGUUAUUGUCAAAUCGGUCAAGUGGGAUUGACCAAACACGAGCAGAAAAUAGUGUUCAUGGAAAACAGUACACUAUUAGACAUGACAAAAAUGGAAACACACAUGUUUUGGACCUCACCAUUGUCGAUGUUUGUAGUGCCGAUGAGAUUUCCUCCCUCCUCCAAAAGGCUGCCCAAAUCAGGUCAAUGGGAAGAACACAAAUGAAUGAACAAUCAUCAAGAAGCCACUUUGUCGUUACUUUGCGCAUAUGUGGUGUAAACGAGAACACUGAACAACAAGUACAAGGUGUCUUAAACCUGAUUGAUUUGGCUGGAAGUGAAAGACUUUCAAGGAGUGGGGCCACGGGGGAACGUUUGAAGGAAACUCAGGCUAUCAACCAAAGUCUCUCCUGUUUGAGCAAUGUCAUAUUUGCUUUGGCAAAGAAAGAAGAGCAUGUUCCUUUCAGGGAUUCAAAACUUACACACCUACUUCAGCCAUGUCUUGAAGGGGAUUCCAAAACUUUAAUGUUUGUCAACAUCUCACCUGAUCAAUCUUCAAUUGACGAGUCACUUUGCUCUCUUCGAUUUGCGUCUAGAGUCAAUGCGGUGAAAUUAGGAAUUCACAAUGUCAGACCUAGACAUCCACUCAAUGUUUAGAAUCUUGGUUGAGUUCAAAUAUUCGUUGUGUCAUGACUUUGGAAUGAUAAUGAAGUUUGGGCAAAAUAUUUUUGUUAUUUUUGAAAUAAAUCGAACAUAUAAGAGCUUAGGUGCAAAAGGUUGCAUUUAUUUGAUAAUUAAACUGAUAUUUCAAUA